GCGCCGACCAGUACAUAUUUUGUCGCCUUCGACCCGUUUUCACAACCAGUGUCCAAUCGCUCGCCGCCCCAGCAAUCUGCCCGUGACUGACGACGACGACGACGAUGAAGGAACUACUGGACACGGACCGAGUGAACUAUCUCGUUUGGAGAUAUCUACUCGAGUCCAAUUAUCGAGACACUGCUGCCAAGCUCCAGAAAGAAUGGCGAGUGCAGGCUCCCCACAGGAAAUUUGACUUUGCAAAGCAUGUGCACACGUACGCGCUGGUGUCCUUGUUGAACAAGGGCCUUAUCUAUGAAGACUACCAAAGGAAAUUUGCGGAAGCCAACCAGGACACCCGUGAAGGGCAAGCAGCAGCCGAGAGCGCCCGCGGUGUGUUCGGGCCUCUCAAGUUUGAACCAGCACCCAAUGAAUCCGGGGAGGAUAUGGAGGAGGAGGAUGAGUCGGAGGCUGAGACCGAGAUUGAGAAUGGAAAUGCGCGAAAACGCGGGAGUGAGCGGCCGCAUCAUGUUUUGCGCAACGGAACGCCAGCAAAGCGACAAAGGCUGAGCAAUGGCAACGAGAACGGAAAUGGGGCGGAAUCAGCCACGACGCCCAUGGAAAUCGACUCUCACGCAGACAGCAGCAGCAGCAACAACAACAACAACAACAACUCGAGUAGCAGCAAUGUCAACAACAACAAUCAUGCCUACCCGUCGCCCCUGGAGGGCGAGCAGGCCGCAUCUCCACCACCACGCACCGAGGGCCCAGAAAAGGGCACGCAGACAGAAGAGCCGCUAGAUCUCACGCCGGCAACGGUAUUCCUGCGCAUGGGCGCCGACGAGAGCACAGAAUCAGAACUAUCAACAAGCCAGGACCAGAUGGCCGAAAAUCCGAUUGCUUCGCCGCUGGCGCUGUUCUGCGAGUGGAACCCCAGCAACCCAUCCAUCUUGGCGGUUGCCGGGACCGAGGCGCUAGCCCGUCUUUGGACUCUCUCGCGUGGAGACGCCCCAGUGGCCGACAUCCCUGCAGGUCACGUGGACGACCGCACGGCCCCCCCUUUCACGCUCAACUCCAGCUUCUCCAGCCUCACCGAGCAGGACGUCCUCAAGUCGUCCACCGUCUCGUCACUUGCCUGGAAUGCCGAUGGUACUGCCAUUGCUCUGGCUGUGGAUCAUGGGGGCAAGUCGCGUGUCAGCAUCUGGGAUGUCAAUGGCUCGCCUAUCCACCGCUUCGAUGGCGUUGACCCUCCCGUCAUCAAGUUGCGCUGGAGCCCCAACAAAGACUUCAUUUUGGGCGUCAGUCUCGAUAGCCGCGGCAUAAUGGUCACUGUGUUCUCGCUGUCGACCGCAAACUCGGUCUCUCACCUCCUUGAACGCACUCUCGACGAUAGUGUUCUCGAUGUUUGCUGGGUUAGCGAGACCGAGUUUGUAAUUUGUGGAGGUGAUUGCUUGGUCGCCCUGCGCUGUGAAGAGAAGGGCAUCGAGCCCGGCAGAGAGUUUGACAUCGACAAGGACGAAAGUUUCAGUCAGAUCAAAUACGACGCAAAGACGGGGCUUAUUGCUACUGCUACUGAAAAAGGCGUCAUACAUAUUUGGGACCAAGCGGGUCAACGGCGGUCCAUCAGCGCCCAUAUCGGAAACAUCACCGGUCUUUUAUGGCAGCCCUUGGACCGCGAGCCGGAGGAAGAUGAAAGAUUGCUUGCGUCCAGUGGGGAAGAUGGCGCCAUCUGCAUAUGGAACGUGCGCAACGCUGACAACAAGGCAAAGUACUCGAUGACGAUGGCCGAUCAGAUUGCCAGCAUCGCAAUGACCCCCGACGGCACUUACAUUGCCGGAGCAACCGCGGACAGGGUCUUGGUGUGGAAGCUUGAUGAUCCAACGGUGCCUUACGCGAGCUGGAACAAGGAAUCCCAUCCGGGAUGGAGGAGCCCCAAAACAGGCGCAGAAGCGGACGAGAUUCUCGCACCCUGCCUUGGCUGGGAUGCAGAGGGAGGAAAGCUGGUCUAUGGCCUAAAUAGUCGGCUUGCUGUCAUCAACUUUCGCUAGGCGCGACCUAAGGAUGGCCUUCAUGAACUCGCGCUGGUCCUUGACGAGAUCGGUCUGAUUGCUGACGAAUCUAACGUGUACUCGGCCACGACCUCGUCUCAGGCCUCAUAUGUGGCCUCCGAGGCCAGCUCGUGAUUCCGCUUCGGUCUGCGCAGCUUGGCGGUGGCCCUCGGGUCUUGAUCCUUGAUCGCUUCGAUGUCACGAGAAGCGCGAAACGCGAGGCGGGUCUGUUAGGCGUCGAAAUGACGUUUCUAGUCGCAUCCGUUGUUCAAGGACCAUGUUGCCCCCAGUUGUUCCGCCCAAGCUCGCAGCCAGCAGUGCUUGCCAGCAUUGCAUGAGGAUGG